UUGGAAGGACUCAAAUUGUUUCUGCCGUCUGGGUAGUAGUAUAAUUAAUUGUCAUGGGGGCAAAUUUGGGUAAAUAUUUUGCUUUUGAUGGGUAUUUUGUAUUGUUUUCCCAAAAAUCUUCUCUACCAACUGUCAACUGCCCAACGUCCAAAAGACGAAAAAUAAAAACAAAUAAAGCAAGCUGCGGAUUUUCCAAAGCUGCAAACAACACUGCCCCCUUUUGACAUACCCAAAAAACAAUAAUUUACCUUCUCAAAAACUUAAUAAGGUUUCUGUUUCUUUCCAACAUUCUCGCAGUUGGUUGUGGAAAUCACCAAAUUCACCCAUUUCACUUUUAUACACACUAAACUAACAGAGAGCUGGAUGGUUGAUUGAUGCAAUUUCUCCAAAUCUAAUUCAAGAAUUGAGGGUAACUGUAACUUUUAACUCAUUUCUUGAAACACCUUUUAUCCUUUUGGUGCUCAAUAAUCCUGAAAAUGGACAUAUCAUUGCCACUGGAUCAGCUACGAAACAGCUAUAAAUAUGCAGCUUUCUUGACAGACCCACAAGAAAGACUUUUCCUUUCUGGUCAUUGCUUUUUAUUCAGCAAGAAAAGGUACAAAAAUGCCUUCUUUAAGAUCAAAAGUUCUAUUUCUGAACAUGGGUUUAUAAAACCAAGACCCAUGAUGAGACCUUUAAAGAAGGAGGAAAAUAUAAGUGAAGAACCCAUUUUGGAAGUUACUCAAAUUGGGGAUCCAAGUUCAGGGAUUAGUGCUCAAAUAGAGAAGUUAGUUUUUCAUAAGAGGUAUCUCGAGGCGCUUGAUUUUUUCGAGUUGUUAGAAUGUGAAGGCGAAUGUCAGUUAGAUAGUAGUACUUAUGAUGCUUUGAUAACUGCGUGUAUCGGGUUAAGGUCGAUUAGAGGGGUUAAACGGGUGCAUAAUCAUAUGGUUAGUUCUGGAUUGGUGUUAGAUCAGUAUUUAUGGAAUAGGGUGUUGUCGAUGCACGUGAAAUGUAAGAUGAUGUUAGAUGCGCGUGUGGUUUUUGAUGAUAUGCCUGAAAGGAACUCGGUUUCUUGGAAUACGAUGAUUGGAGGGCUAGUGGAUUUGGGGGAUUUUGUAGAGGCGUUUAGGUUGUUUUUCAUGAUGUGGGAAGAGAAUUCUGCUGCUGAUUCUCGGAUAUUUGCGACGAUGAUUCGAGCAUCGUCUGGAUUGGAAGUUAUUUCUUUGGGGCAGCAAUUGCAUUGUUGUGCUUUGAAAAUGGGGGAAGGCGAUAAUCGUUUUAUUUCAUGUGGUUUAAUUGAUAUGUACGGAAAGUGCGGUAGCAUUGAGGACGCACAGUUUGUUUUUGAUAAGAUGCCAGAGAAGACCACCGUAGGGUGGAAUACGAUUAUUGCCGGGUACGCUCUCCAUGGGCAUAGUGAGGAGGCUUUACGUAUGUAUUAUGAGAUGAGAGAUGCUGGUGUCAAGAUGGAUCACUUCACAUUUUCAAUCAUUAUCAGAGUUUGCACGAGAUUAGCUUCACUAGAGCAUGCUAAACAAGCUCAUGCUGGGCUAGUUCGACAUGGAUUUGGAUUAGAUAUAGUUGCCAACACAGCACUAGUGGAUUUCUAUAUCAAAUGGGGAAGGAUAGAAGAUGCUCGUAAUGUUUUCGAGGGGAUGCCCCAAAAGAACGUUAUUUCUUGGAAUGCCUUAAUUGGUGGAUAUGGUAAUCAUGGCCGAGGGAUUGAGGCUGUCGAACUAUUUGAGCGAAUGGUUCGCGAAGGAAUGAUGCCCAAUCAUGUUACUUUUUUGGCUGUUUUAUCUGCAUGUCGCUAUUCAGGUUUAUCAAAUUAUGGUUGGGAAAUAUUUGAAUCAAUGCAUAGAGAAUACAAGGUGAAGCCUCGAGCAAUGCACUAUGCAUGUAUGAUUGAAUUGUUGGGUAGAGAAGGGCUUUUAGAUGAAGCUUUUGCAUUAAUCAGAGAUGCUCCUUUUAGGCCUACUAUAAAUAUGUGGGCGGCCUUACUGACAGCCUGUAGAGUCCACAAGAAUUUUGAGCUAGGGAAAUUUGCAGCUGAGAAACUUUACGGGAUGGAACCAGAAAAACUCAGCAAUUACGUGAUGCUUUUGAAUAUCUAUAACAGCUCAGACAAGCAAGAUGAAGCUGCUGCAGUCGUUCAAACAUUGAAGAGAAAAGGACUCAGAAUAAAGCCUGCAUGCACAUGGAUAGAAAUAAAGAAGCAGCCACAUGUUUUCCUGUCCGGAGAUAAGUGCCAUGGGCAGACCAAAGAGAUAUAUCAAAAAGUGGAUGAGCUUAUGCUGGAGAUCUCUAAGUAUGGCUAUGUUACGGGGCGAAAAACCUUACUACCCGACGUAGAUGAACAGGAACAAAAUUUGCCACAUUAUCACAGUGAAAAGUUGGCAAUAUCUUUUGGGCUCAUAAGCACAUCCAGUUCAACCUCACUGCAACUUGUUCAGAGCCAUAGGAUUUGUGACGAUUGCCACAAUGCAAUUAAGUUGAUAGCCAUGAUUACUAAACGAGAAAUUGUUGUUAGGGAUGCCAGCAGAUUUCAUCGAUUCAAGAAUGGCACUUGUUCUUGUGGUGACUACUGGUGAUUGAGUUCUAACCUACAUGUGAAGCCAUACUUUUCUUGAUCUGUUGUCUCUUAUCCAUGGAUCUGUGUGACUGACAUGAUUGAUUGCAAGAGGCACUACGUUAGUUCUGGAUUAUGCUAGUUAUUCAUAUAUCUUAUGUUGCUGCAUCAUUUGCUUUGGAAAAUACUCGUCUUGUUCGUUUUAGAUGGAAGAGCUAAGCAACACACCCUGGUGGGGCAGGUGGGCGGUUGAUACCUGUUGGAAUAACCGUUUGCUGAGUAUGCUUUUCAGAUCAAUUUUCCUGUCUCAGGGAAACACUUAUUUGGUGGUCCUAUCAGUUUCAUCCAUCUUUUUGCCUCAGAGAGCCAUGUUAACUGCUAAUUGAGGUGGAUAUUCCAGGGCCUUUAGGAGAAACCGCUGCUGAAAUUGUUGAAGCCCUGCCCAAUCUUUCUCUACUAAAUGGAGUAAACACGUCCAAAAUAUUGGAGUCCGGGAAGUCUCGGGUCAAUUCAAUGUUGCAAUCAC